AUGCCUUUCGGUCAGACGAUCGCCGUGAUUGAUAAGUCCGGCAAAGUCGUGAGCACCAGUAAACAGCUCUUCGGAGUGUUCAGCCAGGCCAAAAAUGCCUAUCGGGAGCGCAAGGCCGACUUUCAGUCCGAGCGAAACGCCAAGCUCGCAGAGCAACAGGCCCUAGAAGGACUGGCCCAUUAUCAGAUCGAAGACGCGCCCACAGAGGUCUCAGGAAGAAGCCGCGCCAGAUCCCGGCAUGGAGGCCGCAGCCGCGCCCCGUCGCGCUAUUAUGAUGACGAUGAGGAUCGGACUGUCGUGUCGCGACGGGAAUCCCAUUACGGGGAUACCCGGACCAUCGGUCGUCGCCAUACCCACCAUGAUGUCAGCCUCCGAGAGGCGCCUCGCCCGCCAACGGCUCGAUCCAACUCGGAGGCGCAUAUUGAUAUGGAUCUUGCAUAUGGGGACGCAUCCCAUGCAGCCCUAUCGCGUUACACCCCGCCCGAACCACAGAACGACCAAAAGCAACUCGACGGUCUGGUCACCCGUGCCCAGUGGCUUUUGGAAGAAGCACACUGCGUUCACCAUGGAGCGACAGCCACCAUCGCUCACCUCCAGAAGGACCCAGAUGCCAUGGCCGCCGUCGCCCUGACGCUGGCGGAGAUCAGCAACCUGGCGCGCAAAAUGGCCCCCUCCGCCCUGACCAGUCUCAAGGCGGCGGCACCGGCCAUCUUCGCCCUCCUCUCCAGCCCUCAGUUCCUGAUCGCCGCCGGUGUUGGCUUAGGCGCCACCGUGGUCAUGUUUGGAGGAUACAAGAUCAUCCAACGGAUCAAAGGUGGCACAGACGCAGUUGACGAGGCUGGAGAGCCUGCUCCACCCCAGCAGGAAGCUGAAAUGGAGGAGCUGAUUGAAUUCAACACGGAAGCACUGAGCUCAGUCGAGAUGUGGAGACGGGGUGUCGCCGACGAACAAGCCGAUAGUGUCGGAACCUCCGUCGACGGCGAGUUCAUCACGCCCACUGCGGCAGCAAUGUCCGGCAUUGACAUGGCCAAUGCACGCGAACAACGCGACCCUCGAUUCAAAUUCGACGAAGAUGUAUCCGUCGCCUCCUCGCGCCGCUCUCGUCGCUCACGAUCAACCAGAGCACCAACCCACGCCCCUUCACAUGCCCCAUCUGGCCGAUCUGAACGAUCCGAACGACACGAGCGCAGAUCCAGAGCCCCCUCCGAAGCUCCAAGUGGCUUCUUCGGUCGAAGCUCAUCCCGCUCCAGAGCCCCGAGCAUGGCACCAAGCAAGUCACGCAGCAGAGCGCCCAGUCGUGGCCCAAGCCAUGCACCCAGUCGAGCGUCUAGCAAAUCCCGCAGCCGGGCCCCAUCCAAGGUUGGGACCUUUAUCUCCGAAACUGAAAAACGUCCAAAGGAGAAGAAGAAGGGUCCCAGCCGAUUACGACUCAUGUUCACCUCCUAA